AUGGAUCUUCCUGACGAAAUGAUAAUUAAAAUUUGGAAUAAUCUUAAUAAUAUUGACGUACUCUAUUCUUUUGUUGGUGUUAAUAAACGAUUUGAUAAACUGGUACGAGCUCUUGUCUACACUCGUUCUAUACAAUUAGCAGAAAAAGACUCAAAAACCAAUAAAUAUUGUCCAUUACCUGAUUUAAUCAUAGAUCGAUAUUGUUUGGAUAUUUUACCUCAAAUACAUCAAUAUAUUGAAUGUCUCAUUCUCGAACCAUUUUCUAUAGAACGCAUUCUUCUUUCGACUAUGUAUCCUCGUUUACAUAAACUUAUUUUUACUAAAAUUAAUACAGAUUUUGUACUUCAUCAUUUCACUGAAGAGUCACCAUUAGUCAAUAUUUUUAAAAAUAAUAUUACACAUCUUAUUCUCACAAUCGAUAGAAAAGGAUCUACAUCAUCAUCCCGCAUUGAUUUACGUGAAAUAUUACUUCCACGUAUUUUUCAUACAUUUACAAAUCUUAUCGAACUUGAUUUUAAUCAAAAUAGUAUUGAAGGGCGUCCAUUAAUAUCUCUCUAUACAUUAUCUUCGAUGAUUUAUUAUUCAGCAAGUCUAGCUGGUUUAAGUAUUAGUGUAAAAUCAUUUAAUGAUUGUCUAUGCAUACUUGAUGGUCGUUUUUCUCAACUACAUAAAUUAUAUGUUAUAAUUGACCAAAUCAAUACUCCAUCAUUAUCUAUAGAAAAUUUGACUGCAGUAACUCACCUGAAAUGUUUCUCUUUAUGUUCAUAUUCGGAAACGAAUGAAUAUAAUAGUUAUAUAUUACCUCUAAUUCAUCAAAUGAUAUAUUUGGAAGAAUUAGAAUUAUGUCUUGAUGUUAGUCAUCGAUCAACAUUCAUUGAUGGUACUCAUUUAAAAAAUGAAAUACUCAUUUAUCUACCUCGACUUCAAAUAUUCAUGUUCAAUAUUAAGACACAUAGUAAAUCUAUGAGUAAUUAUAUGUAUAUGCAAUCAAACAAUGAUAUUUCUCGUACAUUUCUUAAUUGGCAAUAUGGUCGAGUCAAUUGUUAUAUAAGCCAUUAUCCAGAUAAUGCUGCUCAAUGUCAUAUCUUUUCACUUCCAUGCAAUAUGACUUAUAUAUAUAUGAUCAGUUAUGGUUUUCAAGGAGAUGUAUGCAAAAAUGUUCGAAUUUUAUAUCUUUCAGAUAGGGAGUAUCCAUUUAAACAUGAAUUUUUUCUUCGUAUUGCUCGUGCAUUUCCAUUUAUCACUCAUUUAACUGUUUUGAAUAAUAGAAUUAUCAAUAAUACCGACGAAAGCAAUGAUCAAUUGACUUCAGUUGUUGAAUUUCAUCAUCUUAUUUCUUUAUCAAUUCGUUUUCAACGUGCUAUUUACGUGGAACAAUUCUUAGUUGAUACUAAUACAUAUUUACCAAAUCUUAUUGAUCUUAAGAUUUCAUAUAAUAAUUUAGUAACUGUAACAAACAAUUUUACACGUGAUGUAACUCGUCGUAAUUGUUCCAACGUACAAAAUUUAUCAUUUACUAUACGCACAAUUACAGCACAUGCAAAGGAUUUUUAUUUAUAUUUUCCCUGUUUAAAAGAUAUUUGUUAA